AUGGCGUCUAAUAAGGAGCCAGAUAUGACCAGAAUCCUGGGUGGGAUUCAUGUCGGUGGUGUACAGCCUAUUAUUGCACAUACACCUCUGAUGGCCGCAUAUAAUAUCACGCACAUUUUAUCAGUGAUGAAAUUUGCAGUUAUUCCUGAAUAUUUAGUGAGAAAGAGCUAUACUUUGAAAAAUAUAGCUAUUGAUGACGAUGAUAAAACUGAUAUUUUGCAAUAUUUUAAUGAAACUAAUAGAUUUAUUGAUGAAUGUCUGUUUCCGAAUGAACCAGAAUAUGAUCCUAAGCUAGUUGACUUUAGAAAAAAGCCUCAAAAGGGUGCGAUUUACGUACAUUGUCAUGCUGGAGUUUCCAGGUCAGUAUCUUUCGUGGUUGCAUACUUGAUGUACCGUUAUGGUUUUGAUUUAAAGACUGCGCUGCAUGCCGUUAGGCGAAAACGCAGUAAUGCUCAGCCAAACGAUAAUUUCAUGGAACAAUUGAAGAUCUUUGAGGAAAUGGGAGGUAAUAAAGUAGAUUCCUCCAACAGUCUGUACAUACAGUGGAGAUUGAAGAAUUCAGCCAAGAAUGGUGAGUCUGGAUCCGAAUUGUUGGCCAAUGAUGACAUCUACCAUAAGGAUAGCGAAAAGGAACUACAAGAAAUCCCAGAAGAUGACGUUAGCAAUAUGACUGCUAUUAGGUGUAAAAAGUGCAGGCAGAGAUUAGCCCUCUCUAGCUCUUUUAUCAAACACACGCCUCCUACAAGAGAAUCUAGCGAAGGUCAUUUUAUUCGUAAAGCUGCUGGCUCCAGGAGAAUAAUUGAUAUUCAACAAUCCCAAGAUCACUGCUCGCACUUUUUUGUUGAGCCAUUGAGCUGGAUGAAAGAAGAACUUCAAGGCAAGCAAGAACUAGAAGGUAAGUUUAAUUGUCCGAAUUGUUCCAGCAAAGUUGGUGGAUACAAUUGGAAGGGUUCCAGAUGUAGCUGUGGAAAGUGGGUUAUUCCCGCUAUUCACCUGCAGACUUCCAAAAUUGAUGAAUUUUCAUUGGAAAGGCAGGCGCUGCCAAAUGUUGUCCAAUUUCAUAGCAAACAGUAA